GGCGGGCGGGCGGUGGGAGCCGCUCCGCUCCGCUCCGUUCCGCUCCGAGCCGAUCCCCCUGCCCUCGCCAUGCCCAGAGCCUUCCUGGUGAAGCGCCGGAGCCCGCAGCCGGCGGUGCGCAGUUGGGAUGGGCUGCCCGACGAGGAGAGAGCCGACACCUACAUCCCAGGCGGGAUCGGCUGCGUGCUGCUGGGCUACGAGGACAGCUGCAGCCUGGAGAGCAGCGGGAGCAGCGGCACCAGGGACGCGGAGCCCAGCGAUCCCCCGACACCACAGCCCGUCCCUGGCGACCUGGGCACGGCCGGGGGGAUGCUGCUGGACUUGGCCGUCAAGCGCCCCGUGGCCAGGUCGAAAAUCAAGUUCACCACUGGCACCUGUAAUGAUGCUAUGGUGCAUAGCUGCGAGCUGUGUGGCAAAGGCUUUCGCCUGCAACGGAUGCUCAACCGUCACAUCAAGUGUCACAGCCAGGUGAAGAGGCACUUGUGCACCUUCUGUGGGAAAGGCUUCAAUGACACCUUCGAUCUGAAAAGACAUGUCCGGACCCACACUGGGAUUCGUCCUUACAAGUGUGAGGUUUGCAACAAAGCCUUCACCCAACGCUGCUCCCUGGAGUCCCACCUGAAGAAGAUCCACGGUGUGCAGCAGCAAUACGCCUACAAACAGAGGCGAGAUAAACUUUAUGUGUGUGAAGACUGCGGCUACACGGGCCCCACGCAGGAGGACCUGUACCUGCACGUUAGCAACGUGCAUCCUGGAAGUGCCUUUCUGAAAAAGACCUCAAAAAAACUGGCGGCUGUGUUGCAAAACAAACUGAGCCCAGUCUUGCAGAGGAACUCCAAAGAUGAUGACAAAGAUGAGUGACACAAUGGAUUACAGUGGUCUAAAAGAACGAAGUUUACAUGUAGGACUAUAUAUAUAUAUAUUAUUUUUUUAAAACAAUUUGGAAAGGAAUCCCUGAGAUGAAAGGGAUGCUUUUGCUAACUGGGCUGUCUUGAUGUUGGUAGAACCUCAACUUGAAAGAAAUACUCCCUUAUACGAUGUGAGCAUCGGACGUUUUUAUCUGGCCAAAGGAAAUGGAAAGCUUGGAAGAGGCUGUCACCCCUUGGAUGGAGUAUUUUCUGAACUGAACCAGGCAACCUGUCUUCUGUUUUGACUCUACCACACAUCCAAGAGGUCACUGACAAAUAAUUUGCCUUUCCCCAGUGUAUUUUGUAAAAAUAAUAACCAUUACCUCCUGUGCAAAUGACUUCUGAGUUUUGAGUGAAAAGUGCCCUGUAAGUGCAGCUACUCAUGCAUUGUUCUAUGCAAAGUUAAUUAAAAUGGUCUUAAAGAGUGCAUGGUAUUGGUAAAUAGUUAAAAUUUGCAAAUAACCAUAACCCUGCCCUGUGCAGAACACUAAUGAUUUAUGGAAGGGUGAUUCAAGGUAAGCUGAAACUUCUAAAGGAUGCAGAGCUUUUUCCUCCCAAACAUUCUCCACUGGCAUAUUACAUUAUCCCAGGGCAGACUUACAGUCAUGCUUUAGGUACUUGAAGCUGUGAACUUACUUUUAUCAUGUUUAGAUUUAAGUGUAACCAUUACUCUGAUGUUCCUGGACUUCUCAUGCUCACUUUGGGGGGUAUUCCCAUAUUCUUUUAACAUACAUCAGUAUCACCCAGAAACCCAAAGAGAACACUUUAAUGACUUGAAGAUUUGUAUUUUCUGUUGUGAUGAAAUCAGUUUUGCAUGUAUUUUAUGGUGUAUAUGUG